AUGUUGUCAGGCUCAGAAGUAUUGGUUGAAUCAGCACCGGGUACUGCUAUAAAUACCACAAACACUUCUUUACCCCCGCCUUCUGCUCUAUUCAAUUCUAGCUAUUACAGCAAUCACAGUUCUUCUUCCUCGUCUCCUCCUCCUCCUCCUCCUCCUCCUUCAAGCACUACUACUGCCGCUACUGCUGGCAACAACACGACAACAUCCAAUACGUACAUGUUACCUCCUCCCUCCAGCCUUCCUGGCUAUCAUUUACCACCACCACACUAUAUGUAUAAUCCUGGUCCACAGCAACAACAACAACAACAACAACAACAACAACCGCCACAUCAUCACCAUCCUAAUGACUAUUAUUAUCCUCCUGUCGCCAACAACAACAACAACAACAACAACAACAACAAUUCAACCACCAUGGUGGUUGUAGAAGAGAAUCAACCGCACCCUCAGAAACCUCAACAAAAAAAACGUAAAAGACGUACCACUGCUGCCAAAAACGCAGCCGAUCCUACCACGACCACAGCUAAAAAAACCAAGAAAUCAAGCAAUUAUCAUCAUUAUGAAGUGCUGGAAAUGAAGAGCAAACCUCUCAAGACCAAGAAAAAACCAGGAAGAAAGAGCAAGAAAGAAUUGAAUGAAGCUGAAAUCAGUGCUGCUGCUGCUACAUUGGCUUCGUUUGCUACCUCCUCCUCCUCCUCCUCCUCCUCCUCUUCUUCUUCGCCUUCUAUGUCUGCUUCUUCUCAUCAUUCCGUGACAUCUACAUCUACGAAAUAUACGGCUACCCAUACACCGCCUUUAACGACAGAAGAAGAAGAAGAGGGAGAGGAUCAUGACGUCUUUUACGAUCAAGAAGAAGAAGCGGCCCAUUGUAUUCAAUUAGAAGGAGAGGCGUGCGCGAAUCCUCAUGCCGGACUGUAUCAAUGUGAACAAUGCCUAACAACCUAUAAACAUUUGAAUUGCUUACAAAAGCAUGCUUGGGAUAAACAUCAUUUAGUACGUAGAAGUAGUAUGACAAAACAACAACAAACUCAAUUAAUAGAGGCAGCACAAAUCUUGAUGGAUAUUGCACGCUACGGAAUGAAAAUACGAUUUUAA